AUGGAAGAAGCCAACAAGGAAAACAAUCCACCACAACCACUACCAGUAAAAAAAAAACCAGCAAAAUAUUUCAGUGACCGUCAACCAGGAGAUAAAGGAUUCUCCAUAGGAAUCGUGGAGAGAUUCUCCAAAUCAAGAGGUGCGUACCUCCAGUACGUACCCAGCGACUCUGAGGAGUCGUCCGACUCCGAUGACGGAGUCAUGUAUGGGUGGUCCUCUGAGGAGGAGGAAGAGGCUCAGGACUGA